CAUCGAGAGGUGGAUGCUGUACAAGGAGUUACCGUUGCACCCAAUUGUUAAGGAUCUCACUGGAUGCUCAAUGGAGGAAGAGGGCUGUCAUGUCAGGGUGAAGGUUGUGGCGGUCAUCGAUGGCUUUGUGUACCUCUCUGUUUUCUACUGCAAGGACACGCAACCUUGUGAGUUGUAUCUAUCCUUGUGCCUGGAAACGUCGGGGAUGUGCGAGCUCUUUAAUGAUGCAUAUCGGUAUAACCUGGAUGUCCAUCCCUAUGUCAUGCCAUGGCCUCCCUCUUUGGUGCAAAGCAAGAAGGAAUCAGAAACUGAGUUCACUGGAGACAUUGUUGCAGACGAUGGUCCUGUGAGAACGGAAAAAGCUUCCUCUCUGCUUGUCACCGCACUGCAGUCACUCAGCCAAGCUCUGAGGGAUGACGGUGGCAGUAAUAAUGAAAUAGCAGCGGAGUUAGAUGCCUUCUUCCGUCCUAACGAGGAUAGCGAUGGCUCUCUUAUGAGCAAGAUCACUAGUUUUGAUGCACAGUUGAUAACUGCAAGAGACCGUAUAUUGAGGAUAAGUACAUGUCUCUGAGGUCUGCGUGCCUAGUACAGAAAGAGAAUCCUGAUUAUGAAUUGGUGAUAAGUGUACAGGUGGAAGCUGUCAAGAGCUUCUUGGAAUGUGUGUUAAUUUGUGUGUGUUGUGUGUUUGUUGUGAUGAUACAGGAUUUUGUUGAAAUGGUUUGUAUAUCAGUUUUUUGGA